AUGCAGUCUCAACGCAAGGCUCUACUGCUUUCUUCGUCUAACUGCCACGGAUAUUCUUUAUUGGAAUUCGCUAAAGAAGAAAUCUGCAAGUUUUUGGGUUCUAAUGAUGUCAAAGAGUUAAUAUUUGUACCAUAUGCACAAAAUGAUUUUGAUGGCUAUACCAAAAAAAUAAGUGAUGUUAUUAAUCCUUGGGGGUUUCCUGUUAGAGGAUUACACACAUUUAGCAACCCCAUUGAUGCCAUUAACUCUGCCAAAGCUAUUUUCAUUGGAGGCGGUAAUACAUUUCUCCUGUUAAGUCGAUUAUAUGAAAAAAAAUUGGUGGAACUCAUUAAAGAUAGAGUGACCAGUGGUAAUUUACUUUAUAUCGGAAGCAGUGCUGGUACAAAUGUUGCAACAAAAAGUAUACAUACUACUAAUGAUAUGCCAAUUAUUUAUCCUCCAAGCUUUGAUGCCAUUGCCAUUGUGCCCUUUAAUAUAAAUCCUCAUUAUAUUGACUAUGUUGAAAAUUCAACCCAUAAGGGUGAAACUAGAGAUCAAAGACUAGCUGAAUACAUGGAAAUGGCUCAUGCUAAUCAAGUGUUGGGUUUAAGGGAAGGCUCAAUUUUGCAUGUCAAUGGUAAUUCACUUAUUUUGAAAGGAAUAGCAGGUGCUGUUGUUUUUAAAAGGAAUAAAGACAAAACAGAAUAUAAAGUUGGUGCAGAUGUAUCAUUUUUAUUGGAAGGUAAUUAA